AACACACCAAUGAGAGAUGUCGGAGUUCGCCCUAUAUAAACUUGUGUAGGAUGAGGGCUGUCCAGUUGAAUCUGGCGUUACCGUUAGAGAACAAAUGGCUCCCAUCUUAGAUUUCAGACACGUCGAAACAGAUAACAUCGGCCGAGGCAAGAGAGUACUGAAGCCACCGGGCGGAGAAUGCAGCGACAUAUUCGGAUCGUGCAGCAGCCCCAAUCAACAGAACGUGAGACGAGGACAGCAACACCAACAGUCUUCUUCGAUCUUCGCCAACGAAGAACCUUCAUCCAAUAAUCAUAAUUGCACAGGUAGGAGGGAUAGUGACACCCAAGCUAGAUUAUUCGGAGGGGCGGUCGAAGAAUCCAGUCCUCGAAGAGUCGUAGAUAGAAUGAAAUCAAAUAUAUUUGUCGAUGAGGGCCACAAUAACACUAGCCCUUCGAAUAGCGCUAAGAAACAGGUACGACGUAACCCCAUCACUGGCGAAGUAUACGACGACGAGGAAGAAGAGAACGGUGUGAAUGGUCACGAAAACGAAAAUGGUGAUGUCGUCGGCAAUCCGAUCACGGGAGAAGGAACCGUCGUGACCCAAAAUCCAGCCACCUGCGUGAAGAUCAGAAACCCCCCCGGAGGAAAGUCUUCGGGAAUUUUCUAAUCCGUCGGCCAGUUAGAAAAAAAAUAUAUAUAUAAAUAUAAUUGCAUUGUUUUUUGGAAGAAUUCUCUCUCAAAUCAAAUUGCAUGGUGUGAAUUUGAAUAGCUCAAAGCUUGAUCUUUUAUAAUUUCGUAUACAGUAUUUAAUAUACAAUAUCACAUUUUGAUUUUUUUUUAAAUAAUUAUUAUUAUUAUUAUAUACAGUAUAUGUACGAUUGGCUUUGGUUAUCCGUAAUCGGUCUGUUUGUCUGUAUUUAAAUGUCGAAACGUUACACCAAAUAUUUUUUGAAUGUACUUUAAAUCGAGAAUUCGGAAGAUUGUCUCGCUAAUUUUUGUAGAGCUUUUUUUAAAAUGGAGUUCCUACUUUGGCCUGCUCUCCCCCUUUUUACCACGUUUCCAGCCAAAGAUUUGGAGUGGCGUACGCCAUUUUUUUUUUAUUUGUUUCGAUUCGAUGUACCGUAUUCGCUCACCGAUGAACAAUAAAGUAUGAUAAAAACCGUU